ACUGGGGAGGGGCGUGGACCCCUGGAUUUCAGAACCCGGGCUCAGAGUGGCCUCUAGCCUCUCUACGUCCGCUCACCCCGCCUAGCCCGCCUUCUGAGUUCCUCGCUACCAGGGAAACUGAGGCCUAGGGAUUGGUUGAGGUCUCCCCCCUCGACCCCCCUGCCCAGUGCAGACAGGCACUAUGGCCUGGAGCUGGGCACUACUGCUUCUGUUGCUGCUUCCGCCACAGCUGGGACCUGUGCUGGCCUUGAGGACCCCAGGGUUUGGCCGUAGUGGAAACCAUGAGCAGAGCCCAGAAGAGAAUGAAUUCAUAGAGGAGGAGCCGGUGCUGGUUCUGAGCCCGGAGGAGCAGGUGCCUGGCCCAGCCACAGCUGCAGACUGUCCCCGGGAAUGUGCCUGCUCCCAGGAGGGGGUUGUGGACUGCGGAGGCAUCGACCUGCGCGAGUUCCCUGGGGACCUGCCUGAGCGCACCAACCACCUGUCCCUGCAGAACAACCAGCUGGAGAAGAUCUACCCUGAGGAGCUGUCCCGGCUGCAUGGGCUGGAGACACUCAACCUCCAGAACAAUCGUCUGACUUCCCGAGGGCUUCCUGAGGAGGCGUUUGAGCAUCUGACCAACCUCAACUACCUGUACCUGGCCAAUAACAAGCUGACCUUGGCACCUCGAUUCCUGCCAAAUACCCUGAUCAGUGUGGAUUUUGCUGCCAACUAUCUCACCAAGAUCUAUGGGCUCACCUUUGGCCAGAAGCCAAACUUGAGGUCUGUUUACCUGCACAACAACAAGCUGGCAGAUGCUGGACUGCCUGAUCACAUGUUCAAUGGCUCCAGCAAUGUGGAAAUCCUCAUCCUGUCCAGCAACUUCCUGCGUCAUGUGCCCAAGCACCUGCCACCUGCCCUGUACAAGCUGCACCUCAAGAACAACAAGCUGGAGAAGAUUCCGCCAGGGGCCUUCAGUGAGCUGAGCAGCCUGAGGGAGCUGUACCUGCAGAACAACUUCCUGACUGAUGAGGGCCUGGAUAAUGAGACCUUUUGGAAACUCUCCAGCCUAGAGUACCUGGAUCUUUCCAGCAACAACCUGUCCCGGGUGCCCAGGGGGCUGCCACGCAGCCUGGUGCUGCUGCACCUGGAGAAGAACGCCAUCCACAGCGUGGACGCCGACGUGCUGACUCCCAUCCGCAGCCUGGAGUACCUGCUGCUGCACAGCAACCAGCUGCGUGCACGAGGCAUCCACCCGCAGGCCUUCCAGGGCCUCAAGAAGCUGCACACAAUGCACCUGUACAACAAUGCACUGGAGCGUGUGCCCAGCGGCCUGCCCCGCCGUGUGCGCACCCUCAUGAUCCUGCACAACCAGAUCUCUGGCAUUGGCCGUGAUGACUUCGCCACCACCUACUUCCUGGAGGAGCUCAACCUUAGCUACAACCGCAUCACCAGCCCACAGGUGCAUCGCGACGCCUUCCGAAAGCUGCGCCAGCUGCGCUCCCUGGACUUGUCCGGCAACCGGCUGCACACGCUGCCGCCAGGGCUACCGCGCAACGUGCACGUGCUCAAGGUCAAGCGCAACGAGCUGGUGGCGCUAGCGCGGGGCGCCCUGGCCGGCAUGGCCCAGCUGCGGGAGCUCUAUCUCACCGGCAACCGGCUGCGUAGCCGGGCUCUGGGACCCCGCGCCUGGGCAGACCUUGCCCAUCUGCAGCUGCUGGAUAUCGCCGGGAACCAGCUCACAGAGAUCCCCAGUGGGCUCCCCGAGUCUCUGGAGUACCUGUACCUGCAGAACAACAAGAUCAGCUCCGUGUCUGCCCAUGCAUUUGACUCCACACCCAAUCUCAAAGGGAUCUUUCUCAGGUUCAACAAGCUGGCUGUGGGCUCCGUGGUGGAGAGCGCCUUCCAGAGACUGAAACACCUGCACGUGCUGGACAUAGAAGGCAACUUUGAGUUUGGUGCUGCUUCCAAGGACCGAGGCCGGCUGAAGGAGGAAGAAGAGGAGGAGGAAGAAGAAGAAGAAGAGGGAAUGGAGGAAGAGGACAAACGAUAGUGACCAGACUCAGGGAAGGGUCUCAAGCCACCUGGUGUGCCUGGUGCCUGCUCCCCCCAUGGACACACGUUGGGUGCAAACCUUCUUGACCUCUGCCACCCACAGCCCUCAUCCCUGCAGAACUGGGCAGAACAGCUCGUCAUUUGGCCGUCCAUUUGUCCAUCCCUCCGUCCAUCCCCCCUGGAGAAGACAAGUUUCAUGCAUUCUGUGGCCAGGUACCUGCUGUCCUGUGGCACUCACAAAAGCUGGCUUUUGUUCCUUUCCUUCCCUUGGGCUGCCCUGGCCCCAUCUGUCCUGCUGCCCAGCUGCUGGGGUCCUCGCUGGGCUCAGGGCCCCUCCCUCCCACGUCUUCACCACCACAGGCGGACCUGUGCUGGGCAGGCCUGCAGAAGUAUGCCGCCAAGACCUCCUGGGGCCUCCCUGGCCUGGGCAGAGAUGAGGCAGAGGUGGCAGGGCCAUGGUGGGGUGAGAAGGAAGGGCCCGGUUGUCUCCUUCUUAUUUGUUGGACCUGUGUGUGGGGGAGUUCUGGUUGUCUUUCAUUUUUUUAUGAAAAAGAAAAUGAUAAAAAUGUCAAAGCUAUUUUUGUUCCCUUGUUCUAGAAAAACUAAUAUAAAGUUUUACCUCUGUCUGGCA